CUGUCCUCAAAGCCAAUAUUUGUGAAGGAUUUGCUGCAGUAUCUUCACAAAUUGAGGGCCUAAUACGUGAAAUAAAAAAUGACAUAACGUUUUAUAAGCAAGUGAUCGAAGCUCUGGGAAACAAUGAUAAGAAUAAAAUUCUUCUCGGAAAGUUGACAUCAUCAAUCAAAUUUUAUUUUGAUGACAUACAGAAACUACUUGAGUAUAGUCUGAGUCAUUGUAAACAAAUUGCUGUAGAUGAAGGACUUGAAUGUGUAACUAACAGUAUGUGUAGGUCUCACCCAUUCAAAACAUGUGACAAAACUGACUGUAAAUGUUACCAAUGUAAAGAGGAUAGUGACUGCAAACAUCAGGCUUAUAGGAAGUUCUGCAGGUCUAACAUGCAGGGCAUCUUGGUAUGUGGUGAUCCCCAUGUGUCUCAGUCAAUUAAGGGAACAGGAGAAAAGUUGUGUUAUGAUUUCAUUGGACAACCAGGGCAGUCAUAUCUCUUUCUACAGGAAAAUGGACUAGAGGUCACCUCUAAGUUCAUCUCCAUUCCUGGCGACAACGACAUCCCAGGGAAACUCACAGAGUAUGUAGAUGAGCUGACAAUAAGGCAAGAUGGGGUCAAAAUCAGUAUCACUCCAACACUGAUCACGGCAAUGCAACCACUCGGACCAACUCUGAUCUUGGACUGGCUAGGAGGGGCUAAAACAAGAACCCACAUGACCCAACUGGGGAAGAUUGAUCUUACGGGGAAACAGUGUAAUAUAAACCUGAAGAAUGGCAAGACCAUGAUCAACGGGCAGGAAAUGUACAAUGGGGAAAUAAGGAUCAACAUUGUGCGGAAAGGAAUGGCCCGCGGUCGACCCUUUCUCAACUUUGGGAUUACAGAUAUCACAGGAUUGCCGCCAGAUGCAAAAGGCAUUAUGGGUUGCUUAAGUAAUGAAGUUGUUUUUGAUAUCAAAAGUGCACAACCACGAUUAGAUCCACAGAACAAUCAGCACAACCAGCACAACAUGGACAGCAUUCUUCAGAGGUACAACCAACACAAUGUCAGCACAAUCACAUGGUCUGGAAGGACAUUUUCUGUACAUAGAGACAAAAAAUCAUGUUGGAAAAUUGAUGAAAAAUCUUUGCAACAGUUUAAUUCAAUCUUACAAAAAUUUCUCAUCCAUGAUGAUCAGUAAAGAAAUUAAAGUUAUUGUCCAAAACUCAGAGAAUACUGACAGUGUGUUUAUGUAUUUGAUUGAUCAUUUUCCAAGACCCCCGUUCUUUACAUAUCGUUUGUGCAGAUUAGUGCAUCUACUGUUUUGUCUACCACAAUAGCCAGUUAUUAUCUCCCA